UCGGCUACAUCGUCAGUGAGGGUGAUUACCUUCUUUAUUUUCACAAGCAUCACAGCAUCCAUCACCAUGACAACAGCUUCAUCAAGUGUAUGUGGGCACAUCCAACGUCGGGAUGGGACUGCUGUUCAGUUGGUACCAAUAAGCUUAAUGAACACCUCUCCUUCUAUCUUUAAGAAGAUGGUCCCUGAGAUGCUCUCCCUAAACCAUCUUAUCUGCUCUUUACCUGAAAGUUUGAACGGAACAGAUGACCAAUAUGAUAUGGAUUUAUCUCAUCUUAAAUGUAACUGCCCAUCAGGACGUCUUGGACAGCACUGUCAACACGAUUUGGAUGAAUGUUUGAGCAGCCCUUGUUUAUAUAAUGGCACGUGUAGUAACCUUGAUGAUAGCUAUAACUGUACCUGUAUACCUGGGGUAAUAGGGAACAACUGUGAGAUUGAUAUUAAUGAAUGCGAAAGCUCACCGUGCCUUAAUGGAGCGACUUGCCUGGAUCUUAUUAACGCCUUCGACUGCUGGUGUUUUCCGGGCUACAUAGGAGUUUACUGUGAAAGAGAAUCAUCCAUUGUUCUAAUAGUGAAAGGAAACAAUAUACUGGCAGGUAGUGUAUCAGAUAAUUCCUCACUUCUAGAUACUCGUUACGUCAGACUCUCUCUACCGGGUAAGUAGUGAAUUAAUCAAUUCCUCACUUCUAGAUACUCGGUACUGACAAUGCAACAAACGAAUUUUACAUUUGAUCACUGACCUACUAGUAUCAUGCACGCAUGCAUCUGUUUAGAUCGAACAUGUUUUAAGUACGGAAACAUCACCUCGAGUUAGUACAUUUGAGGUUUGGUGACUUGACGUAAUAUUUAAAGUGUAUUAUAGUAUAGUAGAGUAUUUAUUUUCCGUAUAAAAUAAAAAAAUGCAAAACAAGUGGAUGGCCCGUAUUCAGUUUUGUCAACAUGACAAUACUGUUCUCCAUGGGGUCCAUAUACAAUAAAAAGUAAACACAUAUGAAAAGAAGCAUAACAUAUUCAGUAAAUUAUAAAAAAAAAAUGAUAUAAUACAACCUGUUACUAAUAUAAAAUUCAAUAAUUUGGUAAGAACUUACAGAAAAUAUAUUUUAUAAAAUGCAUUAGGCUGCUAUCAUAUUAUUGAACUAAAUUUUCGCAGGGAGCUAACGACAGUUUUAGGUAAGAAAUGAUAAAAUGAAUAUACAAUGAUUUAAACCGCCAUAUAACACAAGAUGUUUGUUCACGCAUACAACUAUUAAAAGGACAGUUAAAUUUUGAGCGUAAAAGUAUUGACGGGAAUUCAGUAUAAAAUACAUAUCGCAUUGAGACAACGUCAGAAUAAAUAUAUAAAAUUAUAUAAAAACAAGUAUAUACACUAAUUUGAUUCAUAUUGGUAAAGAAUUAACAAAAUAAUGAGGAGGAUGUGAAUUAUCACCGUCUGCUUCGUUCUCUAUUCUCGCGCUAAUUACGACUCCAUCAUAUUUCCAUUAAACGACUUUCCAACGUCGUAUCAACGUUAAUCCAUCAAGUUUUUCCACUGUCAAACGACAUGCGAGUUUCCAACGUUGUAUCAACGUUGGCUAGUUACCUGAAACUUUAGAAAUGAAAAUGCGGAUAUUAAAACAAUUCUUUACCCCCACAAAGGGCAUAUUUCAUAUUGAAAAUAGGCAUUUUUUCUUACGGGAAGUUUUAUGGGGCAAGUGCCCCUUCCGGUUCUGCUGCCCCCACAGAAUGCAAAUGGUGCUAAUUAGAAUAACAAUUCAUUAUCCGACUGAACAGGAAACAGGAAAAGGGGGCAUUUAUCAGAAUUCCAAAAGGGCACAUUCGAAUGGGGCAAGGGGCACACUGCAGAAUAGGAAUUCACCGUGGAAAUAUGAGCUAAAUCGGGCAAGAAACACAUUUCAAGAUGGAUUAUUCAAUUUAAAAGAUGCACUUGCAGGAGAAAACAGAACGCUAAAUAAGGAAAACUGGCACUCGUUGGGCAUGAAAAAACAUUUGUUAAAAAACUUAUCUGAUACGAGAAUGGGCACUUAAAAGAACACAAAGGGGCACUCGUGACUCGUUAACACAUAAGACGGGUCCUUCUAAGC